CGCUUCUGCUUGAGCAGACGAUCCAAGGACGCCACGCGCUGAACUCAGAGGCGCUCCACGGAAUCACUGCACCACGCUGAACUCAAAGGCGCUCAGAGAACGCACCGCGCUGAACUCAGAGGCGCUCAGAGGAAGCACCGCGUUGAACUCAGAGGCGCUCAGAGAACGCACCGCGCUGAACUCAGAGGCGCUCACAGAACGCACCGCGCUGAACUCAAAGCCUCAUACACCCAGCGCUCUACAAUAAACAACAUUCACAUAACGCUCACUAAGAACCCCUCAAAAUGCCGAUUUCAAACAGUUCUACGUCCUCGACGAAGACCAUGCGCCGGGCCGCGUCGGAGAUGGAGCGGUCCGACUCUGUGACGUCCCCGCGGUUCAUCGGCCGGCGGCAGAGCCUGAUCGAGGACGCGCGCAAAGGGCGUGAGGCGGCGGCCGCUGCGGCAGAGGCGAAGGACGUGAGCGAGCAGAUCGUGUUCGAGGAGGAGAACGGCAAGGCGCUGCUGAACGUGUUCUUCACACUGAGGUCCUCCAAGAUCCCCGCCCUGUCGCGCUCCCUCAAGGUGUUCGAGACGUUUGAGGCUAAGAUCCACCACCUGGAGACCCGGCAGAGCGGGAAGGCGAACCGCGACCAGCAAGAGGCGCUGGAGUACUUUGUCCGCUGCGAACUGCACCUCUCCGACGUGGGAACGCUCAUCAGCUCCAUCAAGAGGAUCGCUGAAGACGUCAGAACCACCAAAGAAGUAAAAGUUCACUGGUUUCCAAAGCAAAUAGCAGAGUUGGACAAAUGUCAUCACCUGGUGAACAAAUUUGAUCCCGACUUGGAUCAAGACCAUCCUGGCUUCUCUGACCCUGUGUACAGACAGAGGAGGAAGAUGAUUGGGGAAAUCGCCUUCAGAUACAGGCACGGCAGCGUGAUACCCAGGGUCGACUACACAGAGGAGGAGAUCGGGACCUGGCGGGAGGUGUACGUGACCCUGAGGGAGCUGUACAACAGCCACGCCUGCAGUGAGCACCUAGAGGCCUUCCAGCUGCUGGAGAAACACUGCGGCUACAGCCCAGACAACAUCCCCCAGCUGGAAGACGUGUCCCGCUUCCUCAGAGAGCGUACGGGGUUCCUGGUUCGACCAGUGGCUGGUUUGUUGUCGGCCAGAGACUUCCUGACCAGUCUGGCGUUCCGAGUGUUCCAGUGCACCCAGUACAUCCGCCACUCCUCCUCUCCCAUGCACUCCCCUGAACCGGACUGCAUACAUGAGCUUCUGGGUCACAUCCCCAUGCUGGCUGGCAGGACUUUUGCCCAGUUCUCCCAGAACAUCGGUCUGGCCUCACUGGGGGCGUCGGAUGAGGACAUAGAGAAGCUGUCCACACUGUACUGGUUCACCGUGGAAUUCGGCCUGUGUAAACAGAACGGAGAGAUUAAAGCGUACGGCGCCGGACUCCUGUCUUCCUACGGAGAGCUAGUGCACUCCCUGUCGGAGGACCCCGAGAGGAGGGUGUUCGAGCCGGACGCCGCCUCGGUGGAGCCCUACCAGGACCAGAACUACCAGUCUGUCUACUUUGUCUCUGAAAGCUUUCUAGACGCCAAAGAGAAGCUCAGGGCGUACGUGGCGGGCAUCAAGCGGCCCUUCUCUGUGCGCUAUGACCCCUACACCAGCAGCGUGGAGGUGCUCGACAACCCGCUGAAGAUCCGGGGAGGUCUGGACUCCGUGAAGGACGACCUGAAGAUCCUGACAGACGCCCUGAGUGUGUUGCCCUGAUGUCCGCGCACACACACACGUCAGACAGACCAACCUACCCUACACAAAUGCAUGAGCCAUACAGCACACACAUACGCAUGCACACACACACGCACACACACACACACACACACACACACACACACACACACACACACACACACACACACACACACACACACACACACACACACACACACACACACACACACACACACACACACACACACACAAACAGCCGCGGCCCCCCCUGUCCCCCGCCUCCACCUGGUGGACACAUGUGCCCCGUGUUCAUCUGGUUAUCUGUGCUCCUCCCCGUUCUCAGUCCGUCCACUAGAGCCAUGAGAAUGAAAGUGUUGUAAAGCUGAGUGGGCCCCUGUUGGCCCCGUGUCACCACGUGCAUUCAUGCCUCCAUGGGUUUGAGGAGACGAAGGGUUUUCUCACCAGAUUUCCUUCAGAGUGUAUUCCAUUUUGUUGUUACGGUUUCUGUUAGACCCUGAACUAAUCAAUGGCAAAAUGUGAUCAUGAAUGAAUUAAAAUAACAGAGUAUGUGGCGCUUUCAUUAAUCAGAGUAUAUUAUUAAACUUAAACAAAAUAUACCUUUUAAUUAUGAUGAGUUCAUUUAAAAGAAAAAUGGCUGUAGUUAAAAUGCUUUUGUUGAGUUGGGAAUUUAACUGCUUGCAAUGUUUGUUCAAUUUCAAAAGUUGAAAUCUGUGUUAUCCAAUGUCAAUGUGUAAUAAAAAAUGAAGGGAAAUAA